AUGACGGAGUCAGUGAUAAGAGCUCUAUAUGGCAACGCGACUUCUUUAAAUUUAAGUUCCAGGAAAAUAAAGGUCGUUCCCACGUGUGUUUCCAGUAUAACAAACCUUUCGGUUCUGCUGUUGAACAACAACGUCAUCACCUCGCUGCCCGCCGAGCUGCUCUCUCUGCGACACCUAGCUGAGCUGAAUUUAGGGAAUAAUGCCUUGAAUGAGGUCCCCGCUGUUUUGGGACAUCUGGAGUCAUUGAAGAAACUGUAUCUGUUCAGAAACCAAAUCACAGCAGUGCCACCCGGUGUGAUAGAUGGUUUACGAAACCUUGUUGUGCUCAAUCUGAACCACAACCAGAUCCAGAGACUCCCACCAGAGAUUAAAAGUUUGAGUAGGCUUCGACAUCUGAGUGUGCUGGACAAUAAGCUGAAGGAGCUCCCUAUUGAGUUGGGUCAUCUCACCAAGUUGACUGAGAUAAACUUGACUUCCAAUAAUUUGUCCUGGCUACCUCGGCAGCUGUACCAGUGUAAGGACCUAACCAAGUUGCACGUAGCCAGAAACAAGCUGACCAGCCUACCAGAGGGAAUUGGGGCACUGGCAAAACUCCAAGUCCUGGAUGUGGCUGGAAACAAGUUGUCCAUGUUCCCUGUUGAGUUUCACCUGCUGCCCCUGAAGGAGCUUUACUAUGAAGGCAACAGGUUUGUGCGCUGUGAGCCGAUGUCAUCAGUGCAGGAUGCGGAAGUGCUAACGUUAAAGGAACUGGCUGCCAGGUUUGUCUUGCGGGAGGACAGGAACCGGUCCUCUCUGGUCCACAGGAUGCUCCCUCACUACCCGACCCUGAACGCCCUGCUGGCCAAGGGCAGCUGUUGUGCGCUCUGCCUGGACCCCUUCCUCACCACCUGGCUGGAGUGUGUGCAUUUUAUCAGUCUGAAGCAGGAAAUGAAAAUGAGGAGUUUGCAGACCGUUCCAGUUCGUGCCCUUCUUUGUUCAUACAAGUGUUUUAAUACGGAUGGACACUCCUAUUAUGGUGUUGCUAAAAGAUAAAUACAAGUUAAUUAAAAAGGUACUAUUAUGAUCUCAAUCACUAUCCUUUCAAAUUUUUUAAACUAAAACUGUGGACACAGGUCUGUUAAUACACAUAUUUAACAACAGACAUAACAGCAGUUAGAUGUGUGGUAUUUAAAUAUGGUGCUUUGAUUUCCAGUAUAUAAGUUUUUUGUCCUUCAAACAUCUCACAGAUGCCAUUUGACUCUGCGGCCACUAGGUGGCAUCCAAUGAACAUUGAAAACUGUCUAUCUGGUCGGAUCCUGCUUCAAUGCUUCAUACAGGCUUCAGUUGACAGCAGGUAGAAUAUAUGUGUGCCAACCAAAGCUUUUAUACAAUUCCCAAUGAUAAAGUUAACACUGCAACAGCUGGAUACCAGUUCUGUACAUGGUGACUGUGCUUACUACUGUGUACUAUACUUAGUACACAGUAGUAUGUGAUUACCUG